UAAAAACUGAUUUCUGCAUUUCUUAAAAAGAGAGAAAAUCCUUUGGUUAUUUUUAUGAAAAUAAAUACUUGUUCUGAUAAACAGGUCUGUGUGUGUGUUUCCACUCACACUUCAGACUAGCCUGAUCUUACAAGUGUUUACAUCAUAAUCUUGCACUAUUCAUCUCUUCCAAAUGGUAGUGGUAAUUGAGCAGUAUGUAUGCCUAAGGCAUGCCACUUUCGUGCAUUUUCACUUAUGUGUAUUCCUAUUCUGACUUCCACCUCUAUUCUGCAAUCAGCUUAUUUAACAAUGAGCAGAUUGCAUGUUUAAACGGUGCUCUUUGUUUAUAAUAAUAAUUGUGCUUUUCCAAUUGAUAGCGAAGGAAUGCGGUAGCUCAAAUAUUUCCCGGGAGCCCAGAUGAGUUACCCAAUAAUGCCGUCAGUCAGCAGCGUGUUCGCAGUUCGAGCUCAUUGUUUGAGAUGUAGAGGACUGGCGCAGGAGGGCGUAGAGUACCUGUGACGAGGAUCGCGCGCGCACACGCAGAACAGCGACAUCACAGCAGAGUUCAUUCCGCGUCUCCGCUCUGUCUCACGAUACUUGGCUUUAAACUAACUACUAGACGACUUUCCUGCGUUUUUGCACGAUUUGUGACGAAAGGCAUUUCAAGUGAAGCGCCUGAGGGAAAGAGAGCUGUUUUAUUUUUUAAGUGAAGAAGAGUAAAACAGCAGCAUUUGUGUAUACCAGAGGAAACGGAGGGGUGAGCAGCAGUCUCGUGGUACUCACCCCUCCUGGUCAGACUGCUGAUACUUGAAGAUGUUGACCCAUAGUGCAUGUCUGCUGUUCUUAAUGUUGCUGGCUGUUGUGUCCACUCUGUGGGGUUACCCCUUUAGACCCCCGCUAGACCUGGAUGUGACCCCCAGAACUACAGUCCUCUCCAACGGGCUGUUGGGCCUCAGGCGCUUCAGAGGCUCGACACUGAACUACAGUUUAUUGCUGCUGGAGGAGGAGGCAGGCGUGCUGUACGUGGGAGCGAGAGGGGCUUUAUAUGCCCUGCAGGCUAGUGACAUCUCCAGCAGCUCUCUGCAGACCAUUGACUGGGAGGCAUCAGAUGAUCAGAAGCAACAAUGCUUGAACAAAGGGAAAGAUAACAAGACAGAGUGCUACAACCACAUACGAUUCCUGCAGAGGUUCAACAGCACUCACUUGUUUACUUGUGGCACACAUGCUUUCAGCCCACUGUGUGCAUACAUUAAUGAGAGACAUUUUAAGUUCUCGUCAGCCUUCGAGGAGGGUCGAGAGAAAUGUCCAUAUGACCCCACCAAAGGCUACACUGGUCUGUUGAUUGAUCAGCAGAUGUACACAGCAUCUCAGUAUGAGUUCCGGAGCUUUCCUGAUAUUCGGCGUAACUCUCCGAAUCCCACACUGAGAACAGAAGAGGCUCCCACUCAAUGGCUACAAGAGGCUGAUUUUGUGGGCUCAGCGCUGGUGAGGGAGAGCGUCAGUAGCUCAGUGGGAGAUGACGAUAAGAUUUACUUCUUCUUCACCGAGAAGAGUCAGGAGCUCAGUCCAUACUUCAGUCACAGCAGAGUCGCACGGGUCGCUCGUGUGUGCAAGAGAGACAGAGGGGGUCUCCUCACACUGCAGAAGAAGUGGACCUCUUUCCUGAAGGCCCGUCUGGUGUGUUCUUUACCUGACUAUGAGUUUCACUUCAACGUGUUGCGGAGUGUGUUUUUUCUGGAGGGCUCCGGCUCUAAGGACUCUGUUUUCUAUGGCAUAUUUGGUCUGGAAUGGAAAAACGUAAAGGCGUCUGCUAUCUGCCAGUACUCGGUUUUGGAUAUCCAGUGGGCCUUUGAAGGUCCUUACAUAGAAAACAAAGAGGACUCCAGCUCCAAAUGGACCCAGUACACAGGGAAGGUGCCAGAACCACGACCUGGCUCGUGCAUCACAGAUGAUCUUAGAGCAAAAGGCAUCAACUCAUCCAUUAACCUGCCAGACGAUGUACUUCACUUUGUCCGUCGCCAUCCACUCAUGUACAGACAGAUCCUUCCUCAAGAACAGCGCCCUCUGCUGUUUAGGAGGAAUGUGGACUACACCAAAAUUGCUGUACACAGAGUUACUGGUCUAGAUGGUCAGAUAUACCAUUUACUCUUUAUUGGGACAGACGAAGGAUGGCUGCUAAGGGCUGUGAAGGUUGUUGGUAAGCUGCACAUCAUUGAGGAGCUGCAGCUGUUUGAGGAACCCCAGCCAGUAGAAAGUAUAGUCAUCUCUGAGAAACAGAUGAGUGUGUAUGUGGGUUCGCCCACGUCAGUGGUGCAGUUGCCCUUGUCCACAUGCAGCAGAUACUCCUCGUGCUUUGACUGUGUGAUGGCGCGUGAUCCCCUCUGUGCCUGGGAUGGACUGGAGUGUGCGGAGAUUACAUCACACAACAGAAGAGCCAAUCUGACACAAGAUAUUCUGAAUGGAAACCAGGGCUGUGAUGAAUCAACAGCAGAUGACCGAGUGUUACACCGCUCUCGCUCUGUGAUGGCGGGUGAUGACGUGCUGCUUCAAUGUGAGCUCAGCUCCAAUCUGGCAACCCCUGAGUGGAUGCUGAAUGGACAGGAACUGCCAGGUUAUGGACUGGACUCUGGUUACCGUAUCGGCACUGACGGUCUCCUGGUCAUCGAGGCACAGCCUUCCCAGAGCGGCAACUACUGCUGCUUUGCCCUGGAGAAUGGUGUCCAUGUUCCUGUGGUGAUCUACAGCUUGACAGUUCGCAAGGAGCUUCCCGCACCUCCUCCUGUUGAGCCAACACGGCAACGGUUGACCACAGCGAUCUACUGGACCAUUCAGUCUUCCAAAAGUGACUCCCCGGAUGACUCCCAUCCAACCCCAAUGUCUCCUCGCUUCGAGUUCCUAUCUGUGAGGAACAUGGAGGCCAUGUACCUCUCCCUAAUCACAAUUCUAGGAGGCCUGUGUUUUGUUCUAACAGUCAUCCUGAUUUAUAUGGGAUUCUGUUUGCAAGGACGGAGGGGUAAAUACUCUUUACGGGCUGCAGCUCGUGCCGAAAGAAAGCAAGGUGCCCACAUGGAGCUGAAGACCAUCUCCAGCCACUGCAAUGGGAAAUCGGAUGAUGGUCUGCUGCAGAUCGUCCCUGGAGAAGCAACAAUGUCACCCAACAAAGAGCUUCCUCCUGCUCCACCUCCCCCACCGCCUCCAGAAUCAGAGUACGUCAAUGGAUUCUCUGCCACUUUACCAAGCGUCUUACGCAAGAUGAAUGGCAACAGCUAUGUGUUGUUGAGAGAGACAGAUGGAGACACCACGUCUCCACUCUAUUACUCCUUCACAGAGGAGCUCAACAGGAUACUGGAGAAGAGGAAGCACACGCAGCUGUGUAGUAAACCUGAUGAGAGCUCGGUGUGAAAUCAGCCUACCCUGUGGAGAUGCGUUUGAACACUGAAGUAUUCAAGGGCAGUGUCAUCAUAUAAUACCCCUUCUUCACCCAGACUAACUUUAACGAGAUUCUAAUGAGUAGCUACAGCUGCUUUUAUUGGAAGAUAAACAAAGCAUUGGUAUUCCUCUAAAAGGAGCACGCUCCCUCUCCGUUUACAUUUCAGAUGUAGAGCUUGUGACUUUCAACAGACUGAGGAAAGCCUACUGAUCACAAAUAGCAAAGAAGAGACACAUACAAUGGAAAUUCUACCUCAGCAAAUGGUAUCGCACAGCUUUUGGCUUGUUUCAGCAUGCUUGAUUUAAAUUCAAGAACAAAAGAGCCCAUCCGGGGGAAUCAAGUAAAUGAUUCAGUUACACACUGGUACUGGAAGAAACAUUUAUAAGAGAGCAUUGUAAAAAAGCAAC